CCGCGCCGCGCGCCGCACGGCACCUCCAGCGCGCACGCCAAGGAGCCGCCGCCGUACCCCAACGACGAGCUGGGCAGCCCGGGCAUGGAUCACCUGGACCGCGGGGGGCCUCGCGCCAACUCGCACCACCGCUCGCGCUCCACGUCGCGCGGCGCCUCGUCGCGCGGCUACCACGGCGGCCUGGAGCGCGACGGGCACGAGCGCGAGUUCGUGCCGAUCCGCGACCCGCCGCCGCGCGACCGCUCGCUGGACAGGCCCGAACUGGGCAUGCCGCCGCGCCGAGACCGCUCGCUCGAGCGCGGCAUGCGCGACGGCAUGAGGGACAGCAUGCGCGACGGCAUGCGCGACGGCAUGCGCGACGGCAUGAUGGACGAGGAGGGUCUGUACGGGCCGUCGCCGGGCCACCACAUGUCGCGGUCGGCGCGCCAGUCUCCGAACCCCGAGUUCGGAGCCAAGCACGGCAACACGCGCGACUCGUACAUAGUGGAGAUGCAGGCGCAGAACGGCGAGUUUCACCGCGAGCUCAGCCAGCUGAAGAAGGAACUGGAGCUGACCAAUCAGAAGCUGGGCUCCAGCAUGCACAGCAUCAAGACCUUCUGGUCGCCGGAGCUGAAGAAGGAGCGUCAGAUGCGGAAGGAUGAGUCGGCCAAGUACAGCCUGAUGAACGACCAGAUCAAGCUGCUCACCACCGAGAACCAGAAACAAGUGAACCUGAUUCGUCAGCUAGAAGACGAGCUUCACCGGCGAGGCGGCAAGAACCAGGCGGUCGUGGAGCUACAGCAGCAGCUGGACCAGUUUUACGUGGAGAACGAUCAUCUGACGCGAGAGAACGCAAUUCUCAAGGAGACCAUCAAGGAGCUCGAGCUCAGGAUCGACACGCAGAAACAGACUCUCCUUGCCCGCGACGAAAGCAUCAAAAAACUCCUGGAGAUGUUGCAGACAAAAGGGCUGGGCAAAGAAGAAGAGCGUCUGAUGUACCAACAGCUUCAGUCCGCCUCACAAAAGCAGUUCGACGAUGCCAGGAGUGAGAUCCAACGCCGUGACCAGGAGAUCCUGGCCCUGACCGCCAAAAUGAAGACGCUAGAGGAGCAGCACCAUGACUAUCAGCGACACAUCACCGUGCUCAAGGAGUCCCUCUGCGCCAAGGAGGAGCACUACAACAUGCUGCAGGCCGACGUGGAGGAGCUGCGUCAGCGACUGGAGGAGAAGAACAGAACAAUCGAGAAGAAGACGCAGGCGGCGCUGCAGGCCGGCCAAGAGAGGAGUCGCCUCAGCAGCGAACUGAACGAGACUCGCGACCACCUCGAUAUCAAGGAGCGCAAGAUUAACGUGCUGCAGCGCAAGGUGGAGAACCUGGAGGAAUUGCUGAAGGAGAAAGACAACCAGGUGGAUAUGGCGCGCUCUCGGCUGACGGCCGUCCAGGCGCACCACACCUCCUCCGAGGGCGCACUCAGCUCGCUCGAGGAGGCGAUCAGCGACCGCGACAAGCAGAUAACGCAGCUCCGGGACCAGAGGGACCGCGCAGAGCAGGACCGCACCCAGGAGCGCGAGCUGCACGAGCGCGAGCUGGCCGAGUACAAGAUGAAGCUGCACGCGCUGGAGACGGAGCUGGAGAAGCUCCAGGUGCGGCUGGAACGCGCGCAGACCGAGAAGGCCAAGCUGGAAGCCAAGCUGGAGGCAUCGCAGUCAGAGCUGGGCAAGGCGAAGGCAGAGCUGGACAAGGUGCAGGGUGACGCAGGCAGCCGGAGUCACGAGUUCGAGUCGAGCCGCCAGAAGAUGACCAAACUCGAGCUGGAGGUCGACCGGCUGCGGGCCGAGAACGACAGGCUCCGCUUCGAUAUGGAGCGAGAGCGGGAGCGUGUCGAGCGCGAGCGGGACCGAGACCGAGACCGCGACCGGGAACGGGACCGGGACCGGGACCGGGACCGGGAGCGAGAGCGCGACCCGCGCGACUGGGAGCGCUCCACCACACCUGUGUACAACCCGCAGCGCGAGCGGCACAUGAGUGGCAGCCUGGCCGCCUCGCUGGAGAUCGAGCGACUGCAGGAGCGUCUGGAGAAGUCGCAGGCUGAGCUGCGGCGCGCCCAGACCGAGCUGCGCAUGUACCAGAACGACAACGAUCGCGUCCAGGUGGAGGUGGAGCAGCUGCAGGAGAAGGUGGAGAAGUCGUCCGGCGAGAUCUACCGGCUGAAGACGCGCCUGGAGAACGCCCAGUCGGAGAAGGACUGUCUGCAAGAGGAGCACGACCGUUCUCAGAUGAUCCUGGCCCGCAUCAUGACCGAGAAGGACCGAUCUCAGACAGAAGCCGACAAGCUGAAAGAGGAACUGGAGCGGUCGCAGCAGACGCUGGGCCGCGCCCAAAUCACGCAGGAGAAGACGCAGAGCGAGCUGGACAAGGCGCAGAUGGACCUGGACCAGCUGCAGGAGAAGCUGGACCGGACAACCGGCGAGCUCCGGCGGCUUCAGGCAGAGCGUGAGAAGGCGAUUUGCGACAUGGACUUGCUGCAGGCGCAAGUGGACAAAACCCUCGGACAGUCCACCAGAAUGCAGAGGGACAAGGAGGCUGUCGAGACCGAACUCAACAAGCUCAAAGACAAGCAGGACAAAACGCAGGGUCAGCUGUCGCGCAUACUGAAAGAGAAGGAGACGGUGGAAGUGGACCUACUGAAGCAGUCGGAGCGUGUGGAGCUGCUGCAGACCCAGCAAGCCAAGGCGCUGCGAGACAGGGACAGCGUGCAGACCGAGAUGGACCUGCUCCGAGAGAAGCUCGACAAAAAUUCCGCCCUCAUCCAGAAACUGCAGAUAGAGAAGGAGGACAAGAGUUCGGAGCUAGAGCACUUGCGGGAGAAGUUGGAGAAGAAUCAGCUGCUCAUAUCCCGACUGCAAGAGGAGAAGGAAACAGCUCACCGUGAGAACGAACGGCUGCUGGAGAAAUAUGACCGGUCACAGGGCGAGGUACAGCGGCUGCAGGGUCGGCUGCAGACAGCUCAGGACGAACAGGACCGGCUGCAGUCGGAGGGUGAAAAAUCGCACCUGCUGCUCACCAAGACCAAGGAGGAGCACCGGCGCGCCCAGGACGAGCUGGAAAAGCUGCAGGAGCUGUACGACCGCAGCGCCGUACAGUUCAUGCGCAUGAAGGACAGCGAGGAGCGCUCGCGAGACGAGAUGGAGCGGCUCAACCUCGAACUGGAGCGGCUGCGCGACAAGUACGAGAAGUCGCAGAUGGAGACCAAGCGGCUCACUAACGACCGCGAGCAGCUCAAGGAGGAGGUAGACAAGCUGGUGUUCGACGUGGAGCGCUCCAAGGCGCAGUACCAGAAGCUGCAGGUAGCGCAGGACCGCAGCAACGAGGAGUUGGCGCGCCUCCAGGUGGAGGUGGAGAAGGCGUACGAAAAGGGCGAGCGGAGCCAUGCGGAGCUGCGCAAGGCGCAGGCGGAACGCGACAAGGCGCUGGCUGAGGCCGAGACGUGCCAGGCUGAGAUGGAGCGCUACCUGGCGCGCCUCGGCAAGUACCAGGACAGCCAGGAGAAGAGCAAGGAGGAGCAGGAGCGCCUGAAGCUGGACAUCGAACGACUCAGGGAGCGCUUUGACAAGACGCAGAUGGACCUGGAGACGGAGCACCUCAUGCGAGACAGGUUUGAGCAAGAGGCGGCCAAGCUGCGCAUAGAGCUGGAUCGGCUGGAGUCACAAAAGGGAAUGUCGUUGACGGACGAUAGCAGGUCCGACAUUCAGCUGGAGGUGGUGCAGAACGAGCUGGACCGCGUGCGGGAGAAGUACGAUGUCUCCCAAAUGGAGGUACGCAAGCAGCGAAUCCAGAACGAAAAACAGCAGGAGGAAGUAAUGCGGCUGCAGAAGGAGCUGGACAAGCACGAGAACAACAUGACCAGGUUCGCGUCCGAGAAAGAGCAAAACCAGGGUGAGGUGGACCGGCUCAAGUUCGAACUGGAGCGCAUCCGGUCGCGGUACGAAAAGGCGCAGGGCGAGGCGACGCGACUGGGCCAGCGGGUCGAGCAGCUGGAGUCGGAGAAGAAGCGCACCAGGAGCGACCUGCAGCAAGCGCAGGCCGAGCUGGAGAAGCGCUGCUCGGUACAGAAUGAGAGCAAGGAUGACCUGGAGAAGAUGUCGGCCGAGAUGGACCGGCUGCGCUCCAAGCUGGAGAAGUCGCAAGGCGAGCUGCAGAAGGUCAGCGAGCAGAAGCAGGCGUCUGAUGCCGAGACCCAGCGACUGAGCCGCGAGCUCGAGCACACCCAGCAGCGGCUCACCAAGUACAAAGACAGCAAUGAGGCAGCCAAGGUCGAGUUCGAGAAGAUGGCCAUGGAAAUUGAGUCAUUGCACAGCAAGCUGGAGCGCAUGGAGGGUGAGCUGCGGACGUCCGAGCAGGAACGCCAAGGCCUCCAGCAGGUGGCGAACAAAGUUAGCAGCAGCGACGAGCAGGCCAGAAAGCAGAUCCAGGGCUUCCAGGAACAGUUGGCGAAGAUGAAUGGUGAACUAGAGGAAUCCCGCGCCGCUCUCCGUACGUCUCAGGAGCAGAAGAGGCAGGCUGAAGAACAGAAACGACAGGCUGAAGAACAGAAGCAGAAGGCUGAGGAGCAAAAACGCCAGGCUGACGAGCAGACACAAAAGGCUGAGGAAUGCAGAGGACAGGCUGAGGAACAAAAGCGGCAAGCGUUGGAGGCGAAACGUCAGGCUGAGGAAAGAAGACUCAAGGCAGAAGAGACUGCAAAGGAGGCCGAGAGGCAAAGGCAACAGGUGCAGGAGCGAGUCCGGCUGUCUGAGGAACGGUUGGUGGCAGCCGAUCAGCAGGGUAAAGUGACCGAGCAACAGCUGCAGAGAGUGGCCGAGCUGGAACGUGAGCUAGCACAGAUCACCGCCGAACGUGACCAGCUGGUGACACAGCUGGAGAAAUCGUCAGCGAUGCUGGCCACUUUCCAGCAGGAGUUGCAGAGCACGCAGCAGAGCCUGGAGCGGUCGCAACAGACGGCCAGUGGUCAGCAGACGCAGGUAGCACAGGAGCUGCAGGAGCGGGACCACCGUCUGCAACAGCUGACGCAGGAGCUGGCGCAAAAGCAGCAGCAGAUGGACGAAAUGCGACGUACACACGAGGCGGAGGUGACGCGACUGCGGCAGCUGGAGACCGAGCUGCGCGCCGAACAGACUAGCAGCCGUUCCUCGGACUCCGAGCAGCUGAAGCAGCUGCAGGCCAGCCUGGAGAGCGAGCGAAGCCGCGCCGAUCGCGCCGAGAAGGCACUGCAGGAGGCGCAGGCACACGUCACGCAACUGAAGCAGCAGCUGGAGGUGAUGAGGGGCGAGGCGCGCCAGGCGGCCAGCGUGCUGCAACAGCAGAUUCAGCAGCAGAAGCAGCAGCUGCAGCUGCAGGAGCAGCAGAUCGAGCAGCAGAGUGGCACCAUUCAGGAGCAGCAGCAGCAGCUGUCGUCUGCUCACCAGCUGCUGCAGCAGAAGGCCGGCGAUUCCAACGAGGUGCAGAAGCUGCGAAAGGAACUGGAGCGAUCGAAGGAUGACAUUCAGAACGCCCGCGUGGAGCGCGAACGCCUGCAAUCGCAGCUGGAGAUUUUGGUGCAGGAGCUGCAGCGAACGCAGCUGGAUCUGCAGAAGGCGCAGCAGAAGACGUCCGCUCCCGGCAACAGCGCGGAGGACGAGUCUGCCCUGCAGCAGCAGAUCAAGCAGCAGUCAAUGCAGCUGCAGCAGCAGACCCAGCAAUUGCAGCAGCAAGCGCAGCUGCUGGAGCAGCGCGGCCGCGAGGCGGAGGAGAGGGAGCGGCAGCUAGCGCAGCUGCAAGCUCGUGUCCAGCAGCUGGAGAACGAGCUGGCCACCAAGGCGGCAGCACGGCAGGAGGACAACGGUGCGGAACUGAAAGCGCUGCAAGACGAGCUGGCCCAGGUGCGGCUGGAGAACCAGAAGGCGCAGGGCGAGUCGGAGCGGCUGCUACACCUCAUGCAGAUGUCGCAGGAGGAGCAGUUCGCCAAGGACAAGACCAUCAAGGAGCUGCAGGACGCGCUGAAGAGGGGCCGGGGCCAGUCGCUGACGGCGCCCCCGUCUGCGGCGCCGUCGCGGGCCACUACCCCCGGCGUGGCCAGCCCGCAGGUGCCGCCACCCGGCCAGGCCAAGCCACAGCUGCCCAGCAUCCUGCCGGACGCGGCUGGGAACGCGGCCAGCGCCGCUGCCAACGUGGCCGGAAACGUGGCUGGAAACGCAGCCAACGCGUCGAAGGCAGUCGGCGGCUUCCUCAAGAGCCUCUUCUAAAAGUGCAAUAGUUCAUCAGGUGGACGGUGUGCGUGUGAGAUGCUAAAAUGAGGUGCGCCGCGUACUGCGAAGUGCCUGGAGACAAAGCCGGGCUCGGUUGGCUAUAAGUACGUAUUUUUGUUUUGCUUUAGCUGCUUUUUGGUUUUCACCGUCUCGCGGUUUUUUCAACUUCGCGUUCACUGCAUUGGUAUCCUCUUGUGAUUUAGGUUUGUGGCGCGGAAAUAUGGGACAGAUGGCGCUAGUGAAAGUUGUCCAGGUGGCGCUAGCAUCGGCAGCGCCGGACUGCCUGCCAGCCGGCUGGGAGCAAACGGCCUGGCCAGCUUAGUGUCCCAGAGAAGAGAUCGUUCUCAUCAGCCAGAGGCUACCUCUUUCAAGACCAAUCAGUGGCUACAUGGCAUCUGCUCUUCGUCGCUUAUCUACGAACACCGCUAAAGGCUCCAGCCUGACAGUGCAGUGACGGGGACACUGCCGGUUAUGUCACCUGACACCUCGCUGACAUCACCGUGUCACACCGGGCGCUCCGGCGUCACGUCCCGACUCUGCUGCGUGACUCAACAGCUCUCUUACACCUCUGUGACUGGUGGUGAUAAUGGGCUUCGCACCGCUCUCCCCCACCGCUGCCAUAUUAGCGUCUCUUCUCUCUGAUAUUACUUAUCGAUUGCUUUUUUGUGCUCGCCCUAUGUUCAACCUUGCUCAAAUCUAAUGAAGUGGCUAUGUUUUUUGUGCAAUUCACGGCCAAGCUUCGCGCUGUGCAAAUGGUGCGAGAUCUCAUCAUUUCAGCUCGGUGCAUCGUACGGGCUCGGCCGCACACCAUUUUGCGAUCAAUUGAUGUGGCGUUAGUACUCACGUUCGCUUUUCUACCAAAUCAGCGUUUCAUUCCAUAGCGGUUGUCAUGUCUCCUAAGUGUACGGCGCGUGUUAUUAGCUCCCCGUUUCUGUUCACGGGCGAAGCAGCUUCCAUCACCAUGAGGCUCGCGUGCACAGCUCGCGCUCCAUGGCACGCACACGCCGCGCCGUGCGAGGCCGCUUCGCGUGCGAGACGGCCUCAGUGGGGGCGUACGUCAUAUUGAGACACGGUGUGUUAGUGUGCAUGUGACGUCACUUAGUGCGCAGUCGCGCGUUCGCGACCGAUCGCAGCUGCGUGCGCGCGAGCCAGUCGGGGUGGUUUGGUGCGCCAUACUGCCAGUCAUGUGCCAUACGAACCUCCGCGCGUGUCAGCGGCGCCCCACCUCGUCGUGUGUCGGCGCCAGGAGAGGGCGCGGCGCCCUGCGGCGCCCCCG